AUGGCGCCAGAACAUGCAGAGCGGAGACAAGUAGUAGGCUUUACCAGAAUUAAAUGGUAUAAUUCAGAAAUCAUUGUUCCAUCAAUGACAGCAAGCUGUCCUGGCCCAGAAGCUCUGUUGUCCCUGGCAGCCUGCUUCAGCGCCUUUGCCCCGUACUUCUCCACCACCUCGUACGCAGUUGCCGAGCUUAAGCCACUGGCCUCCAGGGCUUUCCUGCAUGAUGAGAAAGUCCUGCUUGAUGUGAAGAGGCUGUUGCUCAGCUGGGAGACCCUGAGCGGACAGGCUGCCAGUGGACCCCUCUCCGCCACAGCUGGGAUCAAUAGUCCCACCACUGUCUGCUUCUUGCACAGCUAUGUCACCUUAAAGCCCCUGUUCAUCAACCACAGAAUCCCCAAAGAGAUCGAGCAAGAGGCUCAAGAUGACUUGAGCGAGUUGCAAGACCCCCAGCAUGACCUUGACCGGGUGAAGAAACCUCAGUGGGCCACCCUGAUCAGAGUCUACACCCAUCUUGGUUGUGUGCCCAUUGCCAAUGCCGAAGACUUUGGACGUUACUUUUGUGCUUGACACAGCUCUUAUUGUGACACCUCUGGUAGAAUUAGGAAGGGCCCCACGCCGCUCAACCUCGAGGUCCCCUACUAUGAGUUACCCUCCAAUGACCUUGUAAUAGUUGAAUAA